GAAAGAAAGAUUAGUUUAGUAUAACUAUGAAAAACGAAAGACGAAUAAACAAGACGUGCUCUCAUGCUAGGCUACCGUUCUUGUAUCCUGUUGCCUCAAGAUUUUUGCAGUAAGAGUUAACAACAGUUGUUUUCAAUCAAAAGAAUCGCCUUACUCGCUUCAGAUAAAUCGCCUUCAUGCUAGGCGCCACCGCGUCACCACAUCUGUCCCCGCCAUAUUUGUACUCAAAUCCCUACAGUUUCCAAGAUCGAAAGCAAUUUCUCAUCAAGUUACAGAAAUGCAAAAGCAUAAAACAGGCAGCUCCAAUUCACGCUCAUAUAAUCAAGAAUGGCAAUAAAAAUGAUCCCUUUAUUUUAUUCGAGCUUCUUCGAGUAUGUUCUCGAAGCUGCUCCAUCGAAUACGCUUCCAAGAUCUUUCGAAAAACCUCAAACCCGAAUGUUUUUCUCUAUACUGCUUUUAUUGACGUGUUUAUCUCUUCGGGUGCUUACAGUGAUGGAAUUAGAACUUAUUUUCAAAUGGUUAGAGAUUUCAUUUUACCAGAUAAUUAUAUUAUCCCUUUGGUCCUGAAAGCAUGUGGGUCUGCUCUCGAUUUGAACAGCGGUGAACAAAUCCAUUGCCAGGCCAUGAAAUUGGGAUUGUGUUCGGACAGAUUCGUGAGGUUAAAGCUAGUGGAGCUUUAUGGAAAAUGCGGAGAGUUUAGUGAUGCAAAGAGGAUGUUUGAUGAAAUGCCUCAAAGAGAUGUUGUUGCCUCCACUGUUAUGAUAUCAUGUUAUCUUGAUCAUGGAUUAGUGCGUAAGGCGAUGGAUGAAUUUUGGCUGGUUUCUACCAAGGAUAAUGUUUGCUGGACAGCUAUGAUUGAUGGGUUAGCUAGAAAUGGUGAAAUGAAUAUGGCAUUGGAGUUAUUCAGAGAAAUGCAGAUGGAAGGUGUGAAGCCUAAUGAAGUCACAAUUGUUUGCGUUCUAUCGGCUUGUGCGCAGUUGGGAGCACUAGAACUUGGUAAAUGGGUUCAUUCGUAUGUGGAGAAGUACAACAUUGAAGUUAAUCAUAUAGUUGGUUCAGCUUUGGUGAACAUGUAUUCGAGGUGUGGAGAUAUUGAUGAGGCAGCUAGCCUUUUUGAAGACUUGGAAGCUAGAGACGUGACCACUUAUAAUUCUAUGAUUGUGGGAUAUGCAUUGAAUGGUAGGAGUACAGAGGCCAUCAAAAUAUUCCAGAGACUGAUACGUGAUGGAAUUAAACCAACAAGUAUAACAUUUUCUGCUGUUUUGAAUGCAUGCAGUCAUGGUGGGUUAGUGGACAUUGGAUUUGACAUCUUUGAAAGUAUGAAAACUGAAUAUGGGAUUGAACGGCGAAUUGAACAUUACGGGUGUAUGGUUGAUCUUCUUGGUCGUGUGGGACGUCUUCAGGAGGCUUAUGAUUUUAUACAAAGAGCCAAUAUUGCUCCAGACAAUAUAAUUUGGGGGUCGCUGUUAAGUGCUUGUAGAAUUCAUAAAAAUUUUGAACUAGGGGAAAGGGUUGCAAAGAUUUUAAUGGAGUAUGGUGCUGCUGAUUCUGGAACAUAUAUUCUUCUGUCUAAUGUCUAUGCUUCACUGGGUAAAUUUAAGGAAGCAGCACAAGUGAGAGCAAAGUUGAGAGAAGAAGGCGUCCAAAAGGAACCAGGUUGCAGUUCAAUUGAAGUGAAAAAUGAGAUCCAUGAGUUCCUUUUGGGAGACAUUAGACACCCCGAAAGGGAAGCAAUAUACAAUAAACUGAAGGAGCUGGACGAUAUGCUAAAAUCAGAAGAUUAUGCUCCAGAAACCGAUGUCAUCUCACAAGAUAUUGAAGAACAUGAGAAAAAGUGGGCCUUGAGCAUACAUAGCGAAAGGCUGGCAAUAUGCUAUGGCUUGAUCUCAACCAAACCAUGUACCACUAUAAGAGUUGUAAAAAGUCUUAGAGUUUGCAAUGACUGCCAUUCAGUUAUUAAGCUUAUAUCUAAGAUUACACAGAGGAGAAUUGUUGUAAGAGAUCGUAAUAGGUUUCACCAUUUUGAAAAUGGUGUUUGUUCUUGUGGUGAUUACUGGUAAACAUAACAUAUUCUUUUCUCUACGUUCUUGAUAUGAUGCUAUAUCCAUCUUUGGAUCCAUCUCACGACUAAUCCAGGAAGAUAGAAGUAAGAGUGGAAGCUGUAAAUACUGAGGUUACUGGAUUAAAUAUACAAUCUUAAAGUGAAUAAACUGAGCACAAUACAAAAAAAGAAAAAAAAAAGAAAAAAGUUAUGUGCUGCAUUAGAGAGAUGGCGAAGAGGUUAGCAUGAAGAAUCUUAUGGUACAGUGCUCGGUUACUGACAAAUAGGCCGACAUUUACUCGUUUCUUGAUUACCCUUUAAGGUGGCUUAUUUUCUGGUUCUUUCAGUGUCUAGGCUGAGUGAUUGAUCUAGUUCUGCAAAUAAUCUAGUGUCAAAGAAAUACAUCAUGAAUGAAAGUGGUUCAAAAUUCAUAUAUAUCAUCACGAUGCCUUAGCAUGACUAGAUGAAUAUCUUUACUUGCAUUUAAAUUGACUCAUUACUUCCUUUGCAUGUUUUAUCAAAAUAACUAUGUGCUGAUUAGCUUUGUCAAAUUUUAGCAUUUCCACUGCAAAUAUGGUACAUGGCUACAUGCCAGGCUAAAUUCAUUUUGAGAUAGUAUUCAAGAUUGGAGUAUCCUUGUUUUGGGGGCAUCAAAGCAUGCAAAGAGGAUAUUGGAGUUCAUGUUUUUCGAGUAGUUUGUGGUUGAAACAUGAGUGGCUGUUCAUCUAAUUGGUUGAGGCUUGGACAUUUUAUUAUGAAGACGCAGAUCUGAGAAUAGUACUUUAUCCAAAAAUACUAAGCAAGCUAGUUUCUAUGAAUUUUGUAUGAAUACUUGACAUUGCUAAAACAGUUCAAAUACUUAAUUUAUAUGCUUCUUGAUUGAA